UCUGUCACGUGAAGUUCUGGAGGCUGCAGGAAGGGGCUAGUCGCAAGUCAGCGGGUGGAGGAGUGACAGCGUCGUGUGUAAAUCUCAGGUACCGAUUACUUACAAUUCCCGGAGAAACUUCACACUGCUGUCACCAUGAAGCGCCAGUUAACACCGGGGAGCCUCCUCCUGCUUAUCCCAGGAGUGCUGCUGUUUGUCAUGGCGAUGUCCGCGGCCGAAUCUGCAGCUGUUUGUGAAGAUUUCAAAUUAUGUGACACUUGUACAAACCACACAGAGGGCCUGAACUGCUCCUGGGUAUCCUGUACUAAUGGGUCUGAGCCAGUCUGCAGAAACUCCAGUUCAGUGCAAGGAAACUGUUCUGAAGUACCUUGUCGAGAGGCAACCACGUUUACAAGCUCAACCACUGCAAGUGCCCCUGUCACGCCAACCGAAAACACAACCAUGCCCGUAACUGCAUCACCACCCACGAGUUCUACCCCCAACAGCACAGCCACCACAACCACCACCAACAGUACAGCCACCUCAACAACCAACAUGACAUCUAUUGCACCAUCCACCUCUGUAUCUCCCACGGCUCCUUCAAAAAAAGGAACAUUUGAUGCCGCCAGCUUCAUUGGGGGAAUAGUCCUCGUCCUGGGUAUACAAGCGGUCAUAUUCUUCUUGUACAAGUUCUGCAAGGCCAAAGACAGGAAUUAUCAUACUCUUUAAAGACUGCCAUUUGUCGAGUGCUUGCCAACAUUGCUCAAACCAAAUGUUUUACUAUGAGGAAAUUUCUCAUAGAGGAAUGUACCAGAAAGAUGCUUUUUCUACCCUUGUACAAUAACUUUAUAUUGUGUGCCAUAAUUCUCCAGAAGGAAGCUUGUACCAGUUUUAUUUUGCUGCCAAUUGCAUGGCUCUCGGCAGCAUCCCAAACUUUUUUUUUUAUGGUGCCGGUUUUGUACCAUGGGUAAGUUAAAAUUAUGAAUAUGUAAAUUCAGUUGAAGUUAACAUGAUGGAUAAUGACCCUGUUAAAAAAACAAAACAGAAAAAAACCAAAACGUUUUUAUAGACAUAAAUUCUGUAUUAUGCGAAAGGUUCAGUGGGGUAGUUCAGAACACUAAGGGUAAGGAUGUUUUUGUUUUUCUCCCAUUUUAUAUGCCUCUAAAAUUGUAUCUUAUUUUAUCAGCAUGGAAAUCCAACGCAGGUUUCUGAGACAAAUGGAGUUAUGUGACCUUUUUGUCCUUGCAAAGUGCACCUUAUAUUUUAAUGAAUGUAAGGUCUUGGUACUUGUGCCUUACGGUUGUAAUGAAAGUAUCACAGGUUUUUCACAGUCUUUGGAGUUAUGGUGGUUUCCAUAAAGGAAAAACAUUUUGUGCAAUUGCUCCAAAUGAGCCCUUUUCUUCAUUUGUGGAGCCAUGUUUUUUUUUCCUCUUGGCUCCAGUAUAGAAACUCCAGGCCUUUUUUUUCUGUCUUGUUUUAAAGCAUUUUAGCAGUAGAAUCAGGUGCUUGUGGCAAAACAUAUUUCCAAAGGUGUUUUGGGAACUGAAGGUUUCAGCUGCCUUAUCGUCUGGAUGCCCAGGAGGGCUUUUGGAUCAUCGGUUAAUUCUCAGAAGAAUGAAUAUCAUCCGUACUUUUAUUUUAUUUUUAACUAUGCUUGGCAGACAGAAAUAUUCAUCCCCUGUAGGGUUAAAAAACACACUUGCAGGAGAACUGAACAUUUAAUCUCCCUGUCAUCAAUUUGAAUUAUGGAGACCACAAGAAAAGCUUGGUCAACCAUGCAUGAUGCCCAGUUAUAUGUUGACCCUUUAUAAUUAAUACAACAGUUGGAAUGUUCAGAGAUAUAUUAAACAAGUGGUGCAUUUCACGAUAUCAGCUUCUUGAAAUAAUAUAAGGAACCGUGCAAUCCAGAGCAGUUAAAAUUAAACUCCUUAUUGGUAAAGUGGUUAGAAGAAAUCAGAACCCUUUAUCUGAUCUUGUUUUUUUCUUUUUUUAUUAUUAUGGGAAUGCUCAAGGGAAAAAUGCUUAAAUGAAGAACAUGUAGAUAAUCUUUUUUUUCUUGUAAUUGCAAGCUCUAUAGCAAUAGAUGUUAAAUCACCAGUGUGAAUUGCACUAUGCUCUGUGACUCUUCUAAUCUUUUGAUGACUUGCAGAAUGUUUUUUUCUUUUCAUGUUAGAUUUAGUAGUCAGAUAAUUGUACAAUAGCACUGUGUAUCUGUUCAGAUUUUACAAACUCAAUUUAGAAAGCAGAUUAAUAGAAUGUGUUGGUUUUUAGGAACGUACCUGCAAAUGCGAAGUGCCUUAAUCCGAAUUCAUCCUAUACCACCUGGUUUAGGCAACAUAAAAACAGGGUGUACAUCUACACGCUUUGUGUUUAAAACUUUCAAUCAAAGAAAAAAAAAAAUGAUCAAAUUUAAAGUAAUGAAACUAUCUUACUCUACAUUGUGCAUUCAAACGAUGGCCUAGAGUGAGCCUGCUAGGGCACGGGUCCUUGCCUACAAGUUAUCACAAAUUAACCUGUAUUUUUGUGUUUUAAGGGUUUCUUGCCAUCGGUGAGCAAAAAAAUGGUUAAUCAAUAAUUAUUCUGUCAUUCUAUCCCUUUAGAGCUGAUCCUAGUGCUUGUGCGAUAUAACCAUGAAUCGUGUGAAAAUGCACCUUCAAACAUAUUGAAUGCGGACGCAUAACUGUAUACUUAUUCAUAAUUCCGUUUGAGUCCAUUUGCACGUUAUGUCAUCAUUGCGUGUUUUUAUGUUAACUCGAGCCCACAAGCUUAGUACAUACCAUUUAUAAAAUCACGCACAUUAUAGGCGCAGCGCUAUUAGAUUUAAUUCAGUGAUAUUUUAUUUCUUGACGUUGUUUUUAUUUAGCGUAGAAAUCUGGUCUGUGUUUUCUGUCACCAAUAAGUGAGGUCUACGUUUUCAUCCCCCUUGCCUGUUCUCUUUCCUUUUUUUGCAGUUAAUAUGCAGUGAUUUUAUUCAGUCAGCGUUUUGAUGGUUCCCGGUUGUUUGGGAUAGAAGUGUACUUGGUCACUGGUUUGUCAGGCAGGGCAGUGGCUUUUCCAUUACUUUUAGUUUAUUCAAAAUAGUUUAGGUAUAUCUUUCCUUAAUAGCCCCCCCCCACCAGUCUGUGAGUACAUUUGAAUAUUUUCUCACUAUGACUGUGAGCUGGACCCGUGACUAACUCUGGCCACGCAUCUCCAACAUGCAGCGCUGCAAAGGUAAUUCUUUAGAAUGAACACUUUAAUGGCUAGCCGGACAGCGCGGAUUGGUGCCCAAUUGUCUUACUCCUGAACGCGGGUUUCAAAAGCCCAAUAAACACACUGCAGGAUUUUGUGGGUGCUGUCUGCGCACUACUGUACCUUCAUGGUUUGGUAAAUAACACCAAUAUCAUUUUAUGGAAGUCAACCUACACACUAGUAUCGCAUGUAAUGGUAAACAACAAAAUGUUACUUUCCAAAUGUCUGAAGAGAGGAAUUUUAGUCGUGAAGAUACACGUUGUCAUGGUGUUGAAGCUCUCCUCAUGUAUCUAGCGGGCACAUCCUAGAAAACUCCUGUGCCAAAUUGGUUUGUUAUAAUGUGGCCUUCUUGAAAGAUUUGAUGUGAAUUGUCUGAUUUCUGCAGUUACAUAAGCUUUUUGAAAGACUCUAAUGUUUGUUCUUUGAGCUCUGUUAAAGAUCAAAAAUGCCUUCUAGUAACUUAUGACUCUGUCACCAUAAAUGCAUAAUUCGGUUAACAGAAAAUCUGCAAAUAAAGUUGAUUGAUUUUUUUUUUG